AAACUCAUCGCAGUUCACAGACUCCAUUACUUCCACUCAGCACACUGAGGUUUUUCCAGCCGAGCUCACCAUCCAUCUGGGGCCAUGUUUCGGUUUCACCGCCUGUCCCUCGGCCUCCUGCUGCUCCACCUGGCCGCUGCUCACGUAGUCUUCUUGGACGGCGAGGCAGCCAGGCAGGUGCUGACCCGGCGGAGACGAGCCAACAGCUUUUUAGAGGAGAUUAAACAAGGCAGCAUGGAGAGGGAGUGUGUGGAGGAGCGCUGCAGCUGGGAGGAGGCGCGAGAGAUCUUCGAAAACGAAGACACAACUAAUGAAUUCUGGGCCAAAUACAUUGAUGGCGACGCAUGUAUCUCGAUGCCCUGUGCUCAUGGAGGACAUUGCAAAGAUGGAAUCGGUAGCUACACCUGCUACUGCCAGGACGGGUACCAGGGCUUCAACUGUGAAAUCGUUAUUCCUGAGCUCUGUGAGAACAAAAACGGCGGCUGCGAACACUUCUGCAGCGUAUUCCAAGGAAACAUUCGCUGCUCCUGUGCUGACGGAUAUUUCCUGGCAUCAGAUUACAAAUCCUGCAACUCCAACAAGACCUUCAAAUGUGGUGCCAUCAUCACCAAAAACACCCGGACCGUUUUCAGGUACGAGCGGACGAACGUGACGGAGGGGAACACUACCGGGUUGAACACGACGGACCGUAACACCAACCUCAACCCCACCGAGCACAGGCCGGACACGGUUCAUCGCCCAGACUCCUCCCUUUCUAGGAACAGCAGCAACAGCCAGAUUGUGCCGAAAAAAGCUUCGCCAGAGUACUUGGUUUUCGAGGAAAAAGUCGUCCCUCAAAUGGCGGAUAUGAUGCGCAUUGUCAACGGAGAGGACUGUCCACCAGGAGAAUGCCCAUGGCAGGCUCUCCUGCUGAACGAGGAGGACCGAGGGUUCUGCGGAGGAACCAUCCUCAACGAAUACAUCAUCCUGACCGCCGCCCACUGCAUGAACCAAUCACGCUACAUCUACGUCAAGCUCGGUGAGUUUGACGUGUUGGUGGAUGAUGGUAAUGAAGCUACCCAUUAUGUGGAAACGAUUAUCACCCACAAUAAAUACAAACGGGACACCUACCACAAUGACAUCGCACUCAUCAAAUUGGCCACGCCCAUCAAGUUCACCAGGUUCAUCCUGCCGGCCUGCAUACCUGAGCCAGAUUUUGCUGAAAAGGUCCUGAUGCGGCAGGUGGAUGGCAUGGUCAGCGGUUUUGGCCGUCUCGGCGAGGGUCGGCAGGCGUCCACCAUCUUGCAGCGCCUCACCAUGCCCUACGUGGAUCGGCACACAUGCAUCGAAUCCACCCAAUUGCGCAUCUCUGCCCGCAUGUUCUGCGCCGGCUACAACACAAUAGCCAAGGACGCCUGCCAAGGUGACAGUGGCGGGCCGCACGUCACACGCUAUCACAACACCUAUUUUAUCACCGGCAUUGUGAGCUGGGGCGAAGGCUGCGCACGCAAAGGCAAAUACGGCAUCUACACCCAGGUGUCCAAGUACAUCCGCUGGAUCAAUGACGGCAUCGAGAAGCUGAUGCCCAAAAAGAAGAGUGGCAGCAGGGUGAAGAGGCACCUUGGCCCCAUCAAGAGGCUCUUUCUGUAAGACAGCGGAUUUCAUUUUUCUUUUCAAAUCAUCGCUGAAGUCCACGUGCCUCUUAUGUAUUCAUCGAUUUUAUGUUUGAGACUUCUACGCAGUCACAAUUCAGCCACAGAAAUAGAAAUUGUCAUAAUUUUACAACAUUUAACCCCGUUUUAAAGACAUUACUGAAAUUCUUAAAGCUGCAUUAAUUCAUUUUUGUUUACAGCCUGUAAACACAAUAUCUGACAUAUUAUCAUCUUAUAAAGUAGUCGUGGCUAACAUAGCGACCAGCUGCCUACUUCCACAUCCAGCAGACACAGAGCAACAUGAUCAUCUCAUUGGCGUUGUUUAUAAUUACUUGUGGGGUUCCUCAGGGUUCUAGUCUCGGUCCUUUAUAGAACGAAUCACAAUGUUUGUUUACAGUAACUUCCGGGUAGAAAACCCCUGCGUCACAUAACGUUUUUACAUACAAUUUAAUUGCAGCAACAUGUUGAAUGUUUUCAGAGUAUAUAAAAUCUCAUUCAUCUAAAACGCAUGUUUUCUGCUUUCAUAUCUCGUGAAUAACAACUCUUUCACUAACGUUAGCUUGGGGAGCUAAUGUACCUGUUGGGCCACAGAAACUGUAAACAUGAUCAUCCCAUUGGAGUGAGGUUUGUGUCCACCUGAUGAAUGUAAGUCCAAUGUUCACUCUCUUUGAGCUCUGUUUUGGUCUCCACCAAGUUCACCAGCUAGUCUCUAACUGUGUCUGUCUGCUGUUUGGCGAUGGUCUGGUACCGUACAGCAGAAAACUAACCUGCAAUGUAAAACCAAAAAGUAAAGAAAUAAUGACAUUAGCGAUGUACAAAAGCUUGAUUUAACAGUUUGCUGUUCAGUAUUAUUAAAAAUGUGUGAAAAUAAAAAAAACCAUUUUAAAUCUGCGUAAACAAAA